AUGAACCAUUUCAAUGUUCAGCACCAGAACGCCUCUUUUGUGGGCUGUGAAGACAUCAGAGGGUCUGCCUUUAUCUCUGAUACCAAGGACCCUGUGGUGUGCCCCAAGCCCAGGCGAUUUGGGAUUUUGUCCAACAGCCCCAUUAGGCCCUUGAGAUGGCAGAUGAGCAGUCAUCAAUCUGAGUUUAGUGACUCAAAAGCUGGGGCAGAGCUUCUGGACCUCAUUCUCAGGAAGGAGGGCUAUGGAUUGGAGCAAUCUUUGAACGAAGUUGCCUCCUCACCCCCAUAUUUUUGUGGCUCCCCUCCCAGUAGGGCUGCUAACCCAUUAAUUCAAGAUGCCCGAUUCGGAGAUGAGAAGUUAACUCCUGUUUCGGCAUCUCCAUCCCCAUCAACUCUAUCAUCCCCACGCAAAGCAGGUUGUGUUAGAAUGAAGUACGGACUCAAACCCGCUGCAGUUAGAGUAGAGGGAUUUGAUUGUCUCAAUAGGGAUCGCCAAAAUUCCAGCAUCCCAGCAUUUGCCUAA